AUGACGAUGACAAGAUGCAGAACCAUCUGUCAGCACUACGCAUACUUUGGUCUUGAGGCGGGUAAAAUGUGCUUUUGCGGAAAUAGUCUCAGACGUGCAGGAAAAUUGGCCCCAGAGGCUGAAUGCACCUCGUCUUGCGUUGGUAACGCAAAUGAAAAGUGUGGAGGCCACGCUAGGAUAGGUUUGUACUCGUAUCAACGGAUUGUUUAA